AUGCAAUCAAUAUAUAAUUCAAGUAACUUACAAUUGUUGCGUGUACAUUUGUGCUGGCGUGAUGGAAGACCUCUGGAAAUUCGCCACGAUAGCUUGAUUGGAACAAACUGUUCGUGUGACCAAGUUCACCUGGAAUUUGGGUUUGAUGUUGGUCGAGAAAAAAAAAACUCGGCAGCUGGUCCGUCGGUGGGCCUCAAGUCGUUGGAAUUUGACCUGAUGGUUGAAACAGCACCCCACACCUGA